AUAAGUGUCUCGAUUAGCGACUUGCCUCAUAGUGGUAGUCCUCGUCGGCAAGGCAGUUGAAGAAAGCGCCCUUCAAUACGUGAGAUCCCAAACAAGUUGAUCGUAUCUUUUGAUUUUAUCGCGCUAUUUCUACGUGCAAAGAUACGUGAUGGAUCCCUGGCAAUGUUUACUGUUACGAGUAGCUAUAUUUGUCAUCGGUGCAGGCCGUUCUUCGUUUACAAGUCCCUUGGGCGCAAACAGGUUUUCAGACACUUCCAUUAUCUCUCAAUCAGAAGAGCUUGGGGAGGAUUUUACUGUCAUGGACUGGAUUAACGAAGCAAACAAACCCUACAAUAUCGGACACGAAGGAGAUAUAGUUUUGACGGAGAGAGACUGGAACGUUUACGAGAAGGCACGUUUCAAAAGAAAUGCAGUGCGUCAGAGGAAAAAGAUUUGGCCCAACCGAAUUAUUCCAUAUGAGAUCGAAAAUGGACUAGACGCAUACAAGAAGAACAUCAUGUCUGCGAUUGAGGAGUUUCACAAAUACACCUGUAUCACUUUUAAAGAGAGGAAAGACGAGAGGAACUGGAUAAAAUUUAGCAAAGGAAAAGGAUGUUGGUCUUACAUUGGCCGAUUGUACUGGUUCAAGGGUCCUCAAAGUCUGUCGCUGGGGGCUAGAUGUAACAACAAAGGAAUAAUUAUGCAUGAGUUGAUGCAUGCAAUUGGGUUUUGGCACGAGCAGUCGAGGCCUGACCGAGAUGAGUACGUGGAAAUCAUCUGGGAGAAUAUUAAGAAGGGGAUGGAAAAUCAAUUUAACAAGUACAAACAUUCCAAAGUAGACAGUAUGGAUUUUGAUUAUGACUAUAAUAGCUUGAUGCAUUACAGUAAACGAACGUUUUCAAGAAAUGGUAAACCAACCGUGCGCGCUCUAAACAACCCUUACAUGUCUUUGGGACGCUCAGUCGGCUUCAGUUAUCUGGAUAUCAAGAAAUUAAACGCCCUAUAUGACUGCAAAAAUAAGGACAAAGUAGGCUGGAGCGAGUGGUCAGCGUACACCCCCUGUAACAGUAGGUGCAUGAAGUACCGCCAGCGGGUUUGCUUUUCGUCCCGGUCGCACUGUCCUGGGGCCGAUUCUCAUGGAAUAAAAACUGACCGGAGGAAGUGUACCAAAGAGGAAUGUUAUGCGCCUGUCAAGGGAAACUGGGGCCAAUGGGGUGUGUGGAGCGCUUGUGAUAAAUCAUGUGGUUACGGCAAACGGAAGAGAACAAGAUCAUGCAACGACCCGGCACCUAAAUAUGGCGGGAAAACGUGCGUGGGAGCAAACACACAAAUGCGCACGUGCAACAUGAAGGCGUGUCCUGACAAUUCAAACGCUUGUGAUUUCGAUAAAGACUAUUGUAAUUGGACAAACGUCUGGAGUACGUCACCAUCUUUUAAGUGGUAUCGUCACAAAGGUCCUACCCCGAGUAGGAACACAGGACCAGGAGGAGAUCAUGGCACAGGCAAUGGCUAUUACCUCUACCUAGAAUCUUCUUAUCCCGCGCGGUUUGGUUUCAAGUCUCAGCUAAUGAGCCACUCGCUCAAUCCCUCGGAGGACUGGUGCAUAAGCUGGUGGUACAGUAUGAAUGGUCGGACUGUGGGCCAUCUUAGCGUUUACCUGAUAAACACUGAGUUGGGAACCAAAACGAAACUGUGGUCCCAAUCAGGGGAACAGGGAAAGCGGUGGAAACAAGGGUUCUCUUCACUGAAAUCUGACUCGCAUUUUAGGAUCAUGUUUGAAGGUACACGAGGUCGAGGCUACACGGGAGAUAUAGCAUUAGAUGACGUGCAGUUUAGGAAAGGAUCUUGUCAACUUAAUGGAUUUGUAAAAUACUAAAACAAUGGAAAUGUAUAUAUUUGGGUGAAAAACUGUACUCGAUGGUCUUGAGUGCGGCCCGCGGCCGAAUGCCAUACUCAAGACCCAAGGGCACCGUUUUUUUUCCAUGCAGAUCAAUUUAGACCACUAAAUAAUCUAUUUAAUUUUUUUGCUGGUUUGUUUUUACCACUUUGUCGGGAAUGGCGUGAAAAAUUCCGUAAAAAGCUGGACCGGUUACGAGUGCGCGAUUAGCCGAUCAGAUUCAUGGAUUGAAAUUCCUGCCCUCUGAUAUACAUCAGAAAAAAAAAAUUUUGUCAUUUCUCAGACGCUUAUGUAGGUUAUGAUGUGUCAGGCAUAUAGUUUUUCUUACAGAAAUGAUAUAAAAAAGCCCGAAAGCUCACAGAAAUUAAAGAAAGUUUAAAAGACUUUACUACAGUGAUAGAAAAAUAGAUUUUAUUAGGUACGGUGUACUAAAAUUUUACACACAUCUUCAGUUGUCGUAGAACCUUUGAAACUUUCUACUCCUUAUAAAAUAAAAAAAAAACUUAAAAAAAAGACAAGGCGCGUAUACAAAAGUGAGAUGAGAUCAUACUCGGCGUUUUUUAGGUACACAUUUGCGACGAUUUCAAUCUGAGUCUUGGCUGUAUAUACAAAUCUUUCAGAUAACAUUUUUUUCCUCGGGCUCAUGCGGGGAAAAAUUUCCAAAAAAUAGAUUAAAAGCAUGGUGUAAAAUAGGAACUGUACCAUUGUCAUACUCGAAAGUUUCUAACUACCUUUUAUAGCAUAGUUUACAUAUCGUAGAUGAGUAGAGGGUACAUAUGAGGGGCGACCAUUUGUACCAGACAAAUUUAAUUCCAAACCAAUCUUUUGUAAAAAUAGUAAUUUUCCGAAGCGUUCAAUCUAGUAAUAUAUUUCUAUUCUUUCGUAUCUUUAGAUCCUUUUAUCAUAUAUUGGCUUAUUUUCUCAAAUCUAUUUUUUCAAUUUAUUUUUUUAGAACCAAGGAGAUCGAAAAAAUGUUAUUCUUUUUUUGUUAGUGAAAUCCUGUCAAGAUUAUUCUCAGUUGCUUAACGUGAAACGAUCGUUAGUUGAUUUUCCAAAACGAAGAGUAGAAACACUUUUCUUCUGUUUGUAAAAAUUAGAUAAAUGUCUGGAAACUUCCCAUUUUCCCAGCGGUAAUAAGUUUGUAAGUUAUCGUUACAAUUUCAGUACAAAAUUAGGCAGGAAAGAAGAUAGAAAUUAAAACGUUUAUGACAUUGGGAUGUUUGAUUUCGCGCAAAAUUCUCUUAAUUUCUCUUCCAAAAAUGUAUCAUAAUUAGUUGGGAGAGUUAGCUCUUAGAUCUUAAGUGUGAAAGGGUGAAUAGAGUGUUUUAGACAAUCCACCUCCCGGCAUACAAUGUAUCGUAGCAAGACAAUAUUCGACAUUUCGUAUUUUUAAAGAAAAAUUAAAACUGCUGUAAGAUAAACCAGGACGGAAAAAUAAACUUAAAAACUAUUGGGUUUAAUUGCAUAAGACAUACAGUGCCUGGUUUUUUCACUCAUUGAGAUUUGCUUUUUACGCUCCGCAACCGAUUUAUUUUUCUAACAUGUGUACUUGUAAUUCUAAUGAAUAUUUAUAAGCUUUAUUUAUCGUAGAUAUAACGUUCCAAUUAUUUAUGUGCCUUAUUAAACGCUAUUU